AUGAGCCCCCAGCCCCGGGCAGCCCUGCCCUGGGCCCUGGCCCUGCUGCUGGCACUGGGGCUGCGAGGCCUGGAGGCUGGGGGUGAGUGCGGACCCGCGGGGACCCUCCCCGCCAUCCCCCGUGUCCCCCCGACCGCUGAGUAUCGUGUCUCUCCAGCCCAUAGAGCGACAGACCCCGACUUCCAGGAGCACUACUUUGAGCAGCUUCUGGACCAUUUCAACUUCGAGAGGUUUGGCAACAAGACCUUCCGCCAGCGGUACCUGGUGUCAGAGAAGUUCUGGAAAAGGGGCGAGGGGCCCAUCUUCUUCUACACCGGCAAUGAGGGGGACGUGUGGUCCUUCGCCAACAACUCAGGCUUCAUCCUGGAGCUGGCAGCACAGCAGGCGGCCCUGGUCAUCUUUGCGGAGCACCGCUACUACGGAAAGUCGCUCCCGUUCGGCGAGUGGUCCACGCGGCGCGGGCACACGGAGCUGCUGACCGUGGAGCAGGCGCUGGCCGACUUUGCCAGGCUGCUCCGGGCGCUGCGGCGGGACCUCGGGGCCGUGGAUGCCCCCGCCAUCACCUUCGGCGGAAGCUACGGGGGGAUGCUCAGCGCCUACAUGAGGAUAAAGUACCCCCAUCUCGUGGCGGGGGCGCUGGCGGCCAGCGCACCCGUCCUAGCUGUGGCCGGCCUCGUCGACUCCCACCAGUUCUUCCGGGACGUCUCAUUGGACUUUGAGAGCCAGAGUCCCAAGUGUGCCCAGGGUGUGCGGGACGCGUUCCGGCAGAUCAAGGACUUGUUCCUACAGGGAGCCUACGAUACGGUCAGCCAGGAGUUCGGCACCUGCCAGCUGCUCUCUGACCCAAAGGACCUGACCCAGCUUUUUGGGUUCGCCCGGAACGCCUUCACCGUGCUGGCCAUGAUGGACUACCCGUACCCCGUCGACUUCCUAGGGCAGCUUCCUGCCAACCCCGUCAAGGUCGGCUGCGACCGGCUGCUGAGUGAGAGCCAGAGGAUCAAGGGGCUCCGAGCACUGGCGGGGCUGGUGUACAACUCCUCAGGGACAGAGUCCUGCUACGACAUCUACCAACAGUACCAGGCCUGCGCAGACCCCACGGGCUGUGGCUUGGGCCCCAACGCCAAGGCCUGGGACUACCAGGCCUGCACCGAGAUCAACCUGACAUUUUCCAGCAACAACGUGACGGACAUCUUCCCCGAACUGCUGUUCACUGAGACCCUCCGCCAGCAGUACUGCCUGAACACGUGGGAUGUGUGGCCCCGGCGGGACUGGCUGCAGACCAGCUUCGGGGGGGGCGACCUCAAAGCUGCCAGCAACAUCAUCUUCUCCAACGGUGACCUGGACCCCUGGGCAGGUGGUGGGAUCCAGAGUAACCUGAGCGCGUCUGUCCUCGCCAUCACCAUCCAGGGGGGAGCCCAUCACCUAGACCUCAGAGCGUCCCACCCAGAAGACCCCGUGUCCGCUGUGGAGGCACGCAAGCUAGAGGCCAGCCUCAUCGGUGAGUGGGUCAGGGCAGCCAGACAUGAGCAGUGGCUGCAGCUGGCACAGCAUGGGGGCCACAGAGCCUGAGGGGCGCUCCCCCAACGAGGACCAGAAAGGACAGCAGGGGAGUGUCUCGGGAGAGAUUCCGGGGGCGAGGAGCCGCAGCCGAUCUUC